GACAGGCCAGGCCCUGGGAGCUGUGAGGCAAAAGCCUCCCCGUUACCGGGGAGACAAGGCAGCCUGAAGUAGGCGCGGUGGCGGAGUUGCUGCCUCACGGCGCCAGAGACCCGGGUUCAAUCCUGACCCCGGCUGCUGUCUGUCUGGACGGAGUUUGCACCAUCUCCCUGUGACCGCGUGGAUUUUCUCCGGGUGCUCCGGUCUCCUCCCACACUCCGAAGACGUAGAGUUAACGACUGGAAAAUUAAAGAAAAGUUCAAGGUCCGACCAAAUUGCAAAAAGAAGCCACCAUGGAACUUGCUUCCGAAGGAAAUGCAGAUUGCUCUGCUGCUAAUGAUGCCAUCAUUCUUUCCAGAAUGGCACUUAAUGAUAACAAAGCUGGAAUGGGAGGUUUGGAUAAAGAAAAAAUUAAUAAAAUAAUUAUGGAGGCAUCUAAGGGAUCAAGAUUCUAUGAAAGUGAACAAAAGAAGGAGCAGCAGGUGAAUCAACGUAUUGAGAAAAUGUUGCAACAAAAAGCCCAGAUUACAGAGCGCCAGCUAAAGAAAUGCCAGCAGCAGGUGGACCGACUUGUGAUUGAACUGGAGAUGAGCCGUGACCUCAGUCGCACAAUUGUACAUAUUGACAUGGAUGCUUUUUAUGCUGCUGUGGAAAUGAAAGAUAAACCAGAAUUGAAAGACAAACCUAUGGCUGUUGGAUCAAUGAGUAUGCUGUCAACCUCAAAUUAUCAUGCACGGAAAUAUGGAGUACGUGCAGCGAUGCCUGGGUUUAUUGCUAAAAAACUGUGUCCAAAUUUGAUUAUCGUUCCAACAAACUUUGAUAAAUAUCGAGCAAUAAGCAAAGAGGUAAAAGAGAUAUUGGCAGAUUAUGACCCCAAUUUCCUACCAGUAAGUCUUGAUGAGGCCUACCUGGAUAUAACAGAGCAUUUAGAACAAAGGCAGUACUGGCCUGAACAUAAAAGGACAUAUUACUAUCAUGGAGAAGUAAUGGAAAACAUGGAUAAUUUACAUCCAUCCAAUGAAGAUUCGGGAGAUAUUUCACCAAUACUUUUCGACGACAGCCCUCCCAUGUUGUCACCUCAGGAACCAACUCACAGUGGAGUUCCACUGACAGGUUCCUAUCUGCAAAACAGUGAAAAAGAAUCAUAUCAGGAGAAGAGGAAGCCAGGUGUAUUUGGUAUUACAGCAGAGGAGACUGUUAAAGAAAUGCGUUUCAGAAUUGAACAGAAGACCAAAUUAACAGCAAGUGCCGGAAUUGCACCAAACAUGAUGUUGUCCAAAGUCUGCAGUGAAGUAAAUAAACCAAAUGGACAGUAUCAAAUUCCAGCAGACAGUUGUGCUGUCAAGGAUUUCAUAAAGAACUUGCCUAUUCGAAAGGUACCCGGUAUAGGAAAGGUAACAGAAAAAAUGCUGAAUGCUUUGGGAAUUACAACAUGCGUUGGGCUGUGCCAGCAGGGGGCCAUGUUGUCCUUGCUCUUCACUGAGAGUGCAUGGUACCAUUUUCUACACAUCUCACUUGGCCUGAGUGAGACGCACCUUGAAAGAGAUGGCGAUCGGAAGAGUAUGAGCACAGAAAGGACAUUCAGUGAAAUCAGCAAAGCUUCGGAGCAGUAUGGCUUAUGUCGCGAACUUUGUCAUGAUCUUGAGGAAGAUCUUCAGAAAGAAGGACUAAAGGGAAAGACUGUAACUCUAAAAUUGAAGAAUAUAAACUUUGAAGUGAAGACAAGAGCCUGCACAGUUCCAGCAACAGUUUCUAAGGAAGAAGAAAUUUAUGCUGUGGCAUCUGAAUUAUUAAAGACUGAGAUUGACGGCCUGCAUCCUCAACCAUUGAGACUCAGGCUAAUGGGUGUGCGGGUUUCUGGAUUUGUCCAACAAGACGAGAAAAAAUCUCACCAGAAAAGCAUCGUCAACUUUUUCAACACGGGAAAAUUGGAAAAUCCAAUUCGCAGUUCUGAUUCUGAGUGCACAGAUGUAAGGAACCAAGCAGAACUAGCAGAAACGUCCAAAAAGGAAAGUUUCUUCAAUAAAAAGCGACAACAGAAUGAUCAGCAGUCCUUUUUCAGCCAAGUUCUUGCAGUCAAACAAGAAGAAAAGUGUAAAGUUGCCACCAACAGCCCAGCCUGUAGAAUGGACGGGAUGCAACUUCAGGAGAGUGGGCUGAUUCCAGCAUUAAAGGUUGCUAACAAUUGUUCAAAGUGUUCCAAAAGACAAGACAUAUCAACUUCAGAGGGACUGGGGAAACAAAUUGAUCAUUGCCAAUGUGCAACAGAUGGGGAAGUUGAUACUUCAAACACAAGCCUUACAAUCAGGAGGGAUGCAUCGAACUUAGAUAAUGAUUUAAAAAAUGAAAAAAUAAUGAAUGUAAAUGAACAAAAAGGAGCAGAAUUUCAGGAGAGACCCCCAGAAAUGUAUCCGAGUACUACAUUUGUAGAUGUACUUGGAGGAAUUGAAAGUAGCAGCUUUAAUCUUGGAUCAGCAGUUAAAAACAGCACCUGCCCAAGUGACCAGUCAGGUCACCCGACUCGUUUUGAAGAUCGCAUGCAGCUAUCUAAUAGCACAGCGAGAACUCCACAGUCCAUUGAAGACGAGCCCGCUUCAGAUGAAGAGUUUUCACACCACAGCCAUUUAUCCAGUAAACUGUCUGGUAUCUCGACUGGGGCAACACAGGGAAAGAUGCAGUUUGGUUUAACUAACUCUAAUACCAGCAGGUUAAAUCAACCAGCGUUUGCACAACUCAACCCACCAAUGCAGGGAACUCAGCGACAGUCAUUUGAGUCAAAGGCACAUGUCAAAUCAUUGAAGCGGGGGCUGUCUUCCCAUUCAGGAGAGACAACCGGACUGGUAUGUCCGAUUUGCGACAUCAGGCAAGAAACAUCUGAUCUAUCAUUGUUCAACAGGCAUGUUGACAUCUGUCUAAACCAAGGGGUUAUACUAGAGCUUACUGAAGGAUCAAUGCAACCAGUUUCCACUUCAAUUGGAGGAGGAUUUGGAAAGCAAUCUUCAAAUCCAAUUGCUCGAACAAAAAGGACUGGAUCUACAGCCCAACAACCAAUAACCAAGAAAGCAAGGUGUAAUACUUCCACAAACACAAUUGACAGAUUUUUUAAAUGAAUGGUCUCAAUCUAACAAAUAAUUAAUUUUGAAUGGCCGGCGUUACAAAGCCCCAUUUGGCAUCUAGCACUUUGGUUAUAUAUAUAUAUAUAUUCUGUAAAUUCCACUGGAUUGGUGAUUUUAUCUUUGAUUAGUUUGCUAAAGAGUAGUUUCUCACAUAGCCAAUCCAUGCACUAGAUGUGAAGAAAUCAUACCUGUUACCAGUAAUAUAUUAAUGUUAUCUAUUGAAUUUACUAGCAAAUUAUAUUUAAUGGUUUCAUUUUUAACAAGUAUCAGUGCACAUUUUGAAAUAAAGAACACAGUUGGGUACUUAAAUCAUGUGAUAUACAAAAAAAGUAAAGGAAGUCUCUAUAUUAUAAUAAUAUAUUCAGUUCUUUAAGUAUGUUUAGUCUGAUUUAUUGUUCAUAUUUUAAGCUAUUUAUGGAAAGAUGUAAAACUGUACUCAUUGAGUUACUUUAUUAAACGCUGGAAUUAUUGCUA